AUGCCCGCGCCAUUAGCAAAAGGCAUCUUGAUAUCCCUCUCCAUUCUUGCUGCCGUCGGAAUAGCCGUCUAUGAGAACCCGCAAGUCAAAGAAUGGGUGGAAGAGCAACGACGCAAGAUAACGGAAUUUCUCCGCACCUUUGGAGACGAACUCGACCCACAAUCACGACGCGAGGCAGAGGCAUUCGCGUACGAGGGUCGUCUACCUAGACAAAGUCGUGAAGAAGCUGCAGCAACAGCGCGUGCUGUUGCUAGAGCUACUGGGGCAGAGACGACAGAUGAUUCCGUCACCAGACGUAACAGAACGAGCCAUACCCCACAGAGUCCUGAUGAAGCCGACCAGAGGAAGCGGCUGGGUAGGGAGUACCUGGCUAAGAGGAAUCAAGAGAUGCUCGAUUUGAAGGAGAAGCAGAAGAUAAGGAGGAGCACAUCGGAGUUGUCGGAAAAGACACCGUCUUCACCGACGUUUGAUCAACUCGUGGAUGUCGACGGCUCCUUGAAGACGGACGAGAAAGACACACAAGUGGAAAGCGGAUACUUCAACGAAAAGACGCUCGAGCUUCCAUCUGUACCGACUGAUGAGCCAAAGUCUCUUCAGGGUAUCCCUGUUCAAGUGGCCAUGCUGGAGACUGCCUUCAAUACCGGAUCUCGCUAUGCAAACCCCUUUGGCGAUGAGUUCGAGCUGUCAGGCACGUUAGACUCAAGAUCGCCAACACCGAAGCCUCCGGUGCCUCCCAAGAUUGCCAUCGAAGACGUCAACAAGGUCCGCAGACUGUCCGUUACACAAAAAGAGCCCUCGAUCAUACAAAUCCCCGUCAUCGACCAAGAGGAGGAGGAAGAGGACGAUCCAGAGCUCGCGACCGCCAACCUCAGCUACGAAGAACAACUGGUCCGCGCCAUGUCAAUCAGCCUGGCUGAGAGCGAGGAAGCCGCUCGUCAAGCUCGUGCUCUCGAGCAAGAACAACGCGACAUGGACUUUGCCGCCGCAGUCGCCGCCAGUCUGGCAGAUGUGGAAAAGACGAGACAAAAGGAAGAGCUGAUCGAUCUAACACCAGACCCACCGAUCUCGGUACCUGCGUCUGACUUUGAUGCUGAUGAGCUAUACACUCUAUCGCCAGCUAUGGCUAUUCGUCAUCCAGCAGCCAUCCCCAACCCCAUGGUCGUUUCUCCUUACGAUCCUGUACAUGAGGCCGCCGCCUCUGCCACUUCUCCCCAAACACCACUCCCUCAACAGCACACUCCCACGACCGCCACUUUCUCCUCGCCUGAACUCGAACGCGAUGCCAUUUCCUUCUCCUCUGCUUCCUCCACAGCUUCAACAGACGACUUUGCAUCUGCGCCCGCUAGUGUGGCAGCUAGCGAAAUGAGUCUCAUCGACUUUGGAGAGGUUGAGAGCGUGGAUAGUGGUGAUGAGAGUGAACCUGAUGGUGUUUUGACCCCAGGCAGUUGGACUGAUGUGGGUAGUGAUGUUGGCAGUGAGGACAACGAGGGGCAUAGACUUGCUUGA